AUGUCUUUGAAGGAACAGUUUAAUUCUUUGUCGUCCUUUUUUUCUCUUGAUGUAAAUGUCUCUGUUGCAGGACAUGGGUCCAUCGUUGUGGAUAUAAGCUAUGGUGAAUCUCUUUAUGCUUUUAUGAGUGCUUACAAGUUCGGAUUGGAUGUCAGCAAGUCCCAAACCAGAGAUUUAGUGGAUGCAGCCACUGCUGUGACUAAUGCUAUGAAAUUCCAGGUGACACUGCACCAUCCUGUUAGUGAGGAUAUGGCCUUUCUCUAUGGCACAAUCCUUACUGAUGGCAAAGAUGCUUUCUCUGGAGAGCCCACUGCCAAUGUGUGUUUGCUGACUCACAGUUGGAUAGAAGCCCAACUGGGUCAGGGGGUCACUGCUUGCGUUGCUCUUCAGUUCAAUAAAGGCCUGAUCAGGCUGAACCAGACCAGAAGCUUCCAGAGUGGAGCUACAGGUUCAGUAUUUACAGAAAAAGCAACAGAGGAGACCAUGUGUGGGUAG